AUGAGUGAUAAUUCUGUAAAUUCCUUAAAAAGGCUGAAAGAAAUAUCUAAAAUGAUUGAAGCUACUCUAAACCAGAAUAAUAGAGUAAAAAAUAUUAUGACAAGUGAAAUAUAUCUGAAGAAAAAAUGUGAAGCAGCCUUAGAAACUGUUGAGCAUUCGACUGAUGAACAAGAGUGUUUUAAGAAAGUUUCGAAAAUUUUUAUAAGAAAAUCAAGAAGCGAGUUGAAAAAUGAAUUGAAGGAUGAAAUUGCUGAAUAUGAUAAGCAUUAUCCCUAUCUAGCAGAGCUAAGGAAAAGGCUUGUUGAUAAAUUAUCUAACCUUAAAGAGCAAUAUGUACAAGCUCAUGAUAGU